GUCACUCAUGUCACGCACGUCACUUAGUGGUGCAGUGGUGUCUUUGUGAAAGAAAACGAAGCAUUUAUUUUAAAUAUUGUGAAAAUAAUAAGAUAAAAUAAGAAAACUUGUUGCUAUUUUGCAUUCAGAAUGACUGAAACAUCAGAGGUAGUAAAAAUCAACAAAUGGGAUGGAGCUGCUGCAAAGAAUGCCAUUGAUGAUGCUAUAAGAGAGGUUUUCACCGGAGACCUCAAAUGCAAGGAGAGUUUUGCACUGAUUGAUGGAAGACUUUUCCUGUGCGCACUUGCCGUAGGUGUGGCACUCUAUGCCCUCUUAUGGGACUACCUAUACCCAUUCCCUCAAUCAAGACUGGUUCUCAUCAUUUGUGUGUCAUCAUAUUUCAUCCUUAUGGGGAUACUCACUUUAUACACAACAUUAAAAGAAAAAGGAAUAUUUGUAGUAGCCAAAGAAAAAGUUGGCAACAACACUAGAAUCUGGGAGGCAAGCUCAUAUGUCAAGAAGCACGACGACAAGUACAACCUGGUGGUGGUGAUGCGCGACGCGGGCGGACGGAGCCGUGAGGCUUCCAUCAACAAGUCUUUUGCUAACUUUAUUGACGUUAAUGGCGCUGUCGUACAGAGUGUUGUUGUUACCGAGAUCACCAAACUCUACAAUUCCCUCUCUUCAGAUAAGAAAGAAAAGUAAUUACUUGUUGCUCCGGCACAGUUAUGUUGUUAGGUCUGAGAAAGCAUACGAUUCCAAUAAAUUUUAUUGUAUACAU